AAAAUCAUUAAGCUAUUGACGCACGCUGACCUCCCCUGUUUAAAACUUCGACAUUUAUUAUGAAUAAAUCAUUGAAAGAAAAUUUCCUUUCAUCGGGAGCUUGUACAGGAAAAGAACUACUUCAGUCAUGGUUGAAUAAGAGUAUGAAGAUCAAAAUGACAGAUGGCCGGACAUUAAUAGGUUUAUUUUUAUGCACAGAUAAAGACCGCAAUGUUAUUCUUGGAUCCUGUGAAGAAUAUUUGAAGCCACCAGGUGAGGGAGGGAAGAAGGAGGAGCCGAGGAUCCUUGGACUUGCCAUGGUGCCGGGACACCACAUAGUCAGCAUACAAGUUGACGCACUCAGGGAUGUGAAGCUUCUGUGACAUCUCUAUCCACAGGAGUGGCUAAUUAAGAAUGCAGCAUGCUUACGGCUUAUCAAAACAACUGGCAGAUGAAGGCAUUAACAAUGUACUAAAACAUCAUUUCAUAGGCAGGCUAUUACAUUUGAUGAUUGUGUACAGUAUAUUUUUGCAAGACAGAUUCCAUUUCAAACUGUGUUUUAGAGACAGAGAUUGGUUAAUAAUGUUUUUUUAAUUUUACUGAUAUAAAAAAUAACAAAAUAGCUGGUCUAAAAGAAAGUAAUUUCAGGUUCUAACUAUAUGAUUUUGGUGCAGAUUGAUAUUAAAAAGAUUCCUUCCACAAGACUCAAUCCAGAUACUUCUUUGGAAGUAGCAAAAGCAAACUUGCUGCCACCACACUAAUCAAGCAUUUAUAAUGGACAGCAGCUUCUUUGUAACAUAAUGUUAGGCAUAUUAUUGUUAAUGAAAAGCACUAUAAGCGUUUUAUUUCUUCACCCAUUUCUGUUUAUGAUUUACAAUAACUAAAUAAAUGUUAUAAACCUUU